AAGUACUUCAGACAGAAAGUAUUUGAGGAGAGUUCUUCAAACAGAACACAGAUGAUCUGCAAUUAUGGUGGUCGCUUCACGGACCCUGAGCUUUCUGCUGCUCUUCCUUAGCCUCGAAAUCGCAAAAUGCGAGUUCUUUACGGCUUUAAUAGACCUAGAGCACCUGGUAUACAGAGAAAAGGAGCUGAAAAGCUCUUUGAAGAGCUACAUCGCGAUGGAAGAACAACGUCUUGCCAUUCUGAAGAAGUUCUCUGAAAAAGUUGAAAACAUUCACAACAAGAUCGAUGACAAGAACAUAGAGUCAUUCACUGGACACCCAGUUAAUUCUUAUCUCAUUAUCAAAAGAUUUUACACUGACUGGACGAAGAUGGAAGAACUUAUCCAAAAGGACAAUAGCGAAGAAAUGAUGGAAACUAUAGAGAAACAUAAGAGUGCAUAUUCCUCAAAAGAAGACUUUGAGGGUGCAAUAACAGCGUUACUCCGACUUCAAGACACUUACAGAUUACUAACAACGUCAAUGGCGGAAGGAAAGCUAAAGAAUGCACAACCAAUGCCGCCCAUGACAGUGGACGACUGCUACCAGAUUGGUCGAUAUGCAUAUCUAACCAAUGAUAUGUUUUCUACCAAAGUGUGGAUGGAGGAAGUCUUGAGGAAGAUAAGAAUGAAUGAGCCACCAGAAGAUGUUACAGUUUUCGAUGUCGCUGAUCAUUUAGCCUAUGCAGAAUACCAGAGAGGAAAUUUAAGAAAGGCCCUCAACUACACUUUGGAAAUGGUAAGAAUUGACCCUCAUCACGAAAGAGCCCUAGACAAUGUCGCCUUUUUUGGUGAGAAGAUUAAAAAGACCAAACCAACUGGUUUACGAGGAGAGAGAGGAACAGUGCCUACUACGACUACUACUACCUCUCRUAAAGAAACAUUUAAGAGGAUAAAAGAAAGGGAUGUCUUCCACAGAACAAAGGCUUUCCAAAACUAUGAAAAGUUAUGUCGUGGAGAAAUAAGAAAUUUAACAAAGUGGGAGGAAAGCAAAAUGAAGUGCUGGUUUGUGAACAAUGAUCCUCUAACGAUUUUGAAGCCAGCGCGCAUAGAAAGAGUGUUCGUCAAUCCAGAAAUCUUCAUCAUACGAGAUGUUCUCUCAGAUUCAGAGAUUGAUCAUAUCAAAAAGCUUGCAACUCCAAGGCUUCGACGAGCCACAAUCAAGGACCCCUUUUCAGGAAAAUUGAUGUUUGCUCCAUAUAGGAUAAGUAAAAGUGGUUGGAUAAAAGAUGAUGAAGACGAACUUGUAAAAAGAAUAAGUCGAAGAGUACAAGCUAUAACAGGACUGAACAUGACCACUGCUGAAGAACUACAGGUUGUGAAUUAUGGGAUAGGAGGACAUUAUGAGCCGCACUUUGACUUCGCAAGAGACGGCGAAGACAAGUUCACGUCACUUGGUACAGGGAAUAGAAUUGCUACAUUCCUGGCCUACUUGUCCAAUGUACAGUCAGGCGGUGGAACAGUGUUUACAAGAGUCGGUACAGUUGUAUGGCCAACCAAGGGAGAUGCAGCAUUCUGGUACAACCUGAAAAGAAAUGGCGACGGGGAUGAUUCUACGCGCCAUGCAGCGUGCCCUGUGUUGAUUGGAAGCAAGUGGGUUGCUAACAAAUGGAUUCACGAAGUAGGCCAAGAAUUCAGAAGAAAAUGCAGCCUUAAUCCUAAAGAAUAGACCUUUACACCUAAGAAAUACACUAGAUGUUCGUUCUCUGAAUUAAGGGAGCCAGCAUACUUAUGUGUUGCUAUGGCAACAAUAUAUUGCUAACUACUCCUCAUAAGUGGUGGAAUAUGGUUCGCCCGCGUAGAAGACGUGGCAGGAAUAUUGAAAGAGGCCUUACAAGGGCAAAAGUAGCCAGGCAGAUAAGUAACAUUGGUCCCAAGAUAUAGCUCAUUGAUAACUUUUGCUAAUUUGUUAAAGGUAAAUAUUUUUAAAAAAAUUUAUAAAACACCGCCGUAACUCAUCUUAAAAUUUUGUAAUUAUCUUAAAGAAUAUAUAACAAUAAUUAAGACAGAUGAUAUUUACAAAUAUAUAUUAAUUCAUAUUUGA